CUAACGUCGGACAAUCUUAUCUACUCACAAUGACGCAAAUAGCUCGAUCGCCAUUGGCUCCUAUUCCCCGGUGACGUAAAGCACAAAGUCAGAACAUCGCUCUUCAUCGAAAAUACACAUUGUGCUUAGUGUGGAGACUUGCUGACUUGCUGACUGUCGGACCGACCCACCAUAUAGACCUUGCUUAGCGAUACGAUUUUCCUACGAUUUUCCUGCCAUUUAUAUAGCUCGAGAAUAUCACUCACACAUCCCUCAUUUUCCCUUGGACUUUGACUUAACAACUUAUCAAACACCAUGUCGCAAGUUGUGAAGACCGCAUUUGACCCCAAGAACAUGCCCUUCCGCCGUUUGGGCCCCAGUGGCCUGCGGGUGCCUGUGUUCUCUCUUGGAGGGUGGCUAACCCUGGGAGGCACUGUCAUCGGAGAUCCCGUCAAGGAAAUCAUCAAGGUCGCUUUCGAAAAUGGUAUCAACAUGUUUGAUACCGCAGAGGGAUAUGCCCAAGGUCGAUCGGAGAUUGAGAUGGGUCGGGUGAUAAAGGAGCUCGGAUAUCGUCGCACUGAUCUUGUCAUUACCACGAAGCUGUUCUUUGGUACCCGAAAAGGACCAAACGACACCGGUUUGUCCAGAAAACACAUCAUCGAAGGUACUCAAGAAUCACUUGAGCGAAUGGGACUUGACUACGUCGAUGUGUUGUUCGCUCACCGUCCCGAUUAUUCAACCCCCAUGGAGGAGGUUGUUCGUGCUUUCAACUAUGUUAUUGAGAAGGGUUGGGCUUUCUACUGGGCAACGUCAGAGUGGUCAGCUCGCGACAUCGAGGAAGCUUAUCACGUGGCCGAAAAGCUGAACUUGAUUCCUCCCAUCGCAGAGCAAUGCCAGCACCACAUGUUGCACCGAGAACGCCCCGAGAAGGAAUAUGCACCCAUUUACAGGAAGUACGGAGUAGGCACCACGGUCUGGUCUGCUUUGGCUAGUGGCCUGCUGACGGGAAAAUACAACAACGGCAUUCCACCUGACUCUCGUUUCGCUGCUCACUCAGACUUCUUCAAGGACACCUUGAACAGUCUGACACAAGAAGAAGGGCAGGCGAAGAUCCAGAAGGUUAAAGAUCUGACCACAUUGGCUGAAACUGAACUUGGUUGUUCGGUCACCCACUUGGCUUUGGCAUGGGUGGCUAAAAACCCGAACACCAGUACAGUGAUCUUGGGAGCGUCGAAGCCCGAACAAGUAGUCGACAACUUGAAAGCCCUGGAAGUUAUUCCAAAACUGACGCCAGAUAUCUUGGACAAGAUCGAGGCCAUCCUACAAAACAAGCCAGCACCUGCGGCUACGUUUGGCCGUCCAGCUUUGGAUGCCUAUGGGCGUUUGUAGAUUGCACACCAAAUAUUAUCUUUGCGCUAUUUAUGUUAACGAGUAUCUGUACCAAUACAUGAAAAUACUGUGAUAUACAUACGAUCAAAGUUGUGCUGUAUGCAAGCGCAUGUUUAAGGUUGUUUCAUAGUACUCGUUUUGAGCAGUCGGUUUGACUAUGUGUAAUCAGUAUACUUCCUCGCCAAAGUGCAAUGAAAACAUAGACAGGU